AGGCUAAAAAUUUGGAAAAAUUAUUAAAUUUCAUGCUUUCCCGAAGAAUACCGAAAUUACUCAAAUAUGGGUGCAGAUUCAAAGGGUGUAGAGUUGUAGAGAUGGAAAAUGGAAUGUAGAAACUUGUAGGAUUUGUUCAGAUCAUUUUACCGAUGACGAUUAUGAAAGAGAUCUUUAAGUAAGAGGAAUUAUUAGGACUUGGAAACUAAGAAAAACAUUAAAAGCAAUUGGUAAAUAAUUCAAAGUUUUUCGGCUUUUUUGUAAUAUAAUAUUUUUAGUUAUAUAGGUAUGAGUAGAAUCUUAUGUAAAAGGAAAAAACAGUCAGUCCACCUGACAAAAUUGAUCCAUUGAGGCAAAAACGACUUGAACAAAGAAUAACACAAGUGGCGGUGGAGGAAUUACUAAUGAAAAAUUUCGAGGAAAGCAAUGUAAAUGUUGCCGAGGAACACAGUACCGUAGCAUCUGGAGCUGUUAUUACUUGUGUUGGUCAUCCAAUGUAUGAUGAAUUAUUGUUAAAAUAUAAGGAAUUGGAAACUAUCCUAUCUCUAAAGGAAGAAUUAUUGAUGCCAGAGGACCAAAAAAUUAAGAAAUAACAAAAACAACUUUUAAAAUCUCAACUACACUUGAAGCAGAAAAGUCCUAUAAAACAGUAGAAUACUAAGUCGGUUAGUUUAUUUAUAAAUUUUAAAUUCAACUUUUGUUCUAAAUUUAAACUUUAAGUUUAAAGAAAAUAAACAAGAAAUGCUAAGAAUUUUUUUUACAAUGUAAACUAUUUUUAUUUAUAUACAUAAUUAGAAAUGAAUUAUACAAACCAUGUCGUAAAAUUGGUAUUUCUGAAUUGUUUAAAACUAGGGUAGGAUUCCGUAAGAGUACGCGGCGGCCAUAUUUACGAAGUGACAAGCAAUCUGCCUAAUAUAAACGCAUAAGUAGCUUGGUAACGGCCAUAGGAGUAGUGUCUAAAAAUCUGAUGGUGUUGCUUUAACCCUUCUUUAAUUGGCGGUAAGAAAUGAUAUUUUCCCCUAUUUACUAUAAUAUUUGUAAUACAACAAGUAAGGUACAUACAUUUGUGCAUUCAGUUUUUAUGAAAACUGCUGUAAUAGUAAUAAAAAGUGCUUUGUUUACAGAGACACUUUUAGAUUAAAUUAAAGUUUUAUUAGUUGCCUAGAUGGUUAAAUUGGUUUUUAGAAUUUGAUUACGUGUCUCCCUAAGAGUACGCACAGGUGCGUACUCUUAGGUAUACGUUAAAACAUUUAAUUUUUAAUAUUUUUAUGCUGUAGACAAUUCCAAAACAGUAUAAUAAUGAGCCCGUACAAACGAAAGAGCGAUAGAGUACUAAAAUUUACGCAAGAAAUGUUAAAUAUGGCAGCCGAUAGAAUAUCAAAGGGAGAGAGUAAAAGAUCGGUUGCAAAGGCAUUGGGGGUAAAUGAAUGUACUCUAAGGAAGAGGUUGCGUGAAGGCACUGUUCCAACUAGCUUGGGUAGAUUUAAACCAAUAUUUUCGAAAGCACAAGAAAAAGAAUUGGCGGAUCAUAUUCGCGAUCUGGAGGCGAGAUUUUACGGACUUCGUAUGAAGGAUGUUAGAUCACUAGCUUUUCAAUACGCGAAACUAAACCACAUUUCUCAUAGGUUUAACGAACAAAAUUUAAUGGCAGGGAAACAUUGGGCACAGGACUUUGCUGCUAGAAAUCGUUUAUCUUUAAGAGCUCCAGAAAAAUGUAGUUUAGGUCGGGCUACAGGAUUUAAUAAAGUCCAGUGUGACAGAUUUUUUAAAAAUUUAAAACUUGUCUACGAAAAAACAAAAGUGCUGUCACACAGAAUUUUUAAUAUGGACGAGACGGGACUUUGUACUGUUCCAAACAAGCUCCAUAAAAUUUAUGCAGUAAAGGGCAAAAGAACAGUAUCAAAAAUAGUGUCAGCCGACAGAGGUCAAUUAGUUACUGCAGUAUGCUGUAUGAGUGCCUCUGGUACCUGGGUACCGCCAGGUUUAAUAUUCGCUAGAAAGCGUAUGAAAGAAGAACUUUUUUAUGGGGCACCUCCAGGUACACUGAAGAUGAUAUCUGAUUCUGGGUAUAUGAACACAGAAUUAUUUCUAGUUUGGUUGCACCAUUUUUCAACCUUUGUUAAACCUUCCGAGUCGGAUCCUGUAGUUUUAAUUAUGGACAACCAUAUUUCACAUUGCUCUCUGGAAGCAGUUUUAUUUGCGAGGAGCCAUUUUAUUACACUUUUAACAUUACCACCCCACGGAAGUCAUAAGCUUCAGCCUUUGGACAGAGUAUUCUUCUUCCCCUUAAAAACGGCUUUUUCUGGAGAAUGUGAUAAAUGGAUGGUUAGUAAUCCUGGGAGACCAAUCACAAUGAGAGAAAUGGCAGCGCUUUUCCAUUCAGCUUAUUCAAAAGUCGCUACAAUAGAGAUCUGUGAAAAAUCAUUUGAUUGUACAGGGAUAUAUCCCUACAAUCCUGAUAUUUUUACCGCAGCAGACUUUGCCCCGUCUGAAGUCACUGAUAAAUUUCAUUCAGAUGUAGACCGUCAAGGACAAGAGGAUAUAAAUAGAAAUGAAUUAAUAGAAUGGUCUGAUGAAGAUGAAAUACCACUGGCUGAAUUGCAGCGACAAGAAAAACAAAAAAUAACAAUAGAAAAAGAAAAUAGGACACCAACAAAUAGUCCAAUAUUUAAUCAAAAUCAAAAAGAAUAUGCAAAUCAGAGUCCACGACACAGUUUAUCUUCUGUUAAAUUAAAUGAAUCUGACCCAUGUUGUUCUGUAACACCCAAAAUGAUUCUACCGCUGCCAAAAGCUAAAUACGAGCAAAUUAGGAAAACAAAAUCUAAAAGGUCUGAAAUUCUGUCCUCUACCCCAUAUAAAGAACAUUUAUUAGAACAGACAGAAGAAAAACUAAAGGCACAAAAGGGAAAAAGAAAAAUUCUCAAGUGUAAACAAGCUUCAGCAACUAAAAUAGACAACACUAUCUGUCCAGGAUGCAAUGAAAAUUUUAGUUACUCUGAUUGGUUAAUGUGCCGUGUUUGCCAAACUUGGUGGCAUGAGGACUGUUCUAAUUAUCUUGGAAGUGGUAGUUUCUUAUGCGAUUUAUGUGACAAGUAAUUUUAACGAUUGGUUAACUCGUACAAUUAGAAUGCGUACUCUUAGGAAUUUACGUGCGAACUCUUAGGGGAAUAUUCACCAAAGAGUACGCAUUUGCAUGUUUUUAUUUAAACUUAGAUAUUUUUGUCAAAUACAUUUUUAAAUUACUUUUGGAAUGUUAUAUGUUUAAAUUAAUGCAUGUUUUAUAAUUUCCUAAAUAUACUUCAACCUUAAAACGACUUUGUUUCAAUGUUAUUCAGCAAUAAAUAUUAAGUGCGUACUCUUGCGCUAUCCUACCCUAUUUGUACUAAAUUUGCAUAUACAUCAUUUAUAUUACAAAUAAAUAAUUUAUUGCUUUGAUUAGGUACUUUGAUUUAUUUAUUUCAAUAACUAUACAAAUUCAGA